UUGUUUGCACUGAUUUAUUUCACAAGGGGUUGGGUGACAUUCUCAUUUGCUUGCCAUGGCGCUUGGUUGAUAGUAAUUUAGCAACUUCACGAGGACAGAGAUGUUUGUGCUUUCAUCCCUACUGCCUCACCUCCUGAAACAGUGCUGGACCCAGUAGGCAUUCAACACAGACUGUAUUUGUUAAAUGAAUGAAUGUUCUUAUUUUGGCCAUUGGUCUCUACUUUUGCUUUAUUUCAUUCCGCUUCAAAGAGCUGGAAACUGGACGGGAAGUCUUUGACUUUCAACUUCCCUUCCCUCGGUUCCCUCGGUCCAGUAACUCCGGCCAAGCCCUUUGGGAAUGGGGAUCCCCUCGGAAAUUAAUGGCGAGUCACGGCCACAGGGAGCGGGGAAAGAGGGAGGGAUGCAGAAAGGAAGUGCUUUCCCACUUAGUCUUGCUUUCGCAGCACCCUUCGCCACCCACCUUGCUCUUUAUUUGGGGGUGCGGGCGUCCUGUGGAGAGGAAACCGGGGGCCGCCCGGUUGCACUCCUGGCCGGGCCGCAGCGCCCCUGCGAGUGUCAGCACCUGUUGGAGCGCCGGUCGGCGGCCCCCGCGGGCGUCAGCGGCAGCGGCCCGCACCCGCCUCCCCCCGACAGCCGGCGGCCCGGGGAAGGUGGGGAAGGGGAGGGGACACGCCGGCGCCUCGGGCCGCCCGGCCUUCUCUCUGCAGCCGGGGCCGAGACGCCGCGCGGAGCCCCGAGGCGCGGGGGGAGGGCACGGGGAGCGACCGGAGCCCCGUGGGGACCCCGAGCUGCCGACCGCCCCUGGGCUUCGAGGAGCGGGGGGCGCACCCAGACAAGGAGUACAAGAUUCCCAGCAUGAGAGAAUUAUUGCUGUGUCUUCUAAUGGAAGUAUUCACAGCCCGAGGUUUCCUCAUACUUAUCCAAGAAAUAUGGUCUUGGUGUGGAGAUUAGUAGCAGUAGAGGAAAAUGUAUGGAUACAGCUUACAUUUGAUGAAAGAUUUGGGCUUGAAGACCCAGAAGAUGACAUAUGCAAGUAUGAUUUUGUAGAAGUUGAGGAACCCAGUGAUGGAACUAUAUUAGGGCGCUGGUGUGGUUCUGGUACUGUGCCAGGAAAGCAGAUUUCCAAAGGAAAUCAAAUAAGGAUAAGAUUUGUAUCUGAUGAAUAUUUUCCCUCUGAACCGGGGUUCUGCAUCCACUACAACAUUGUCAUACCCAUCACAGAAGCUGUGAGUCCUUCAGUGUUACCCCCUUCAGCCUUGCCACUGGAUCUGCUUAACAAUGCUGUCACUGCCUUUAGCACCUUGGAAGACCUCAUCCGGUAUCUUGAACCAGAUAGAUGGCAGUUGGACUUAGAAGAUCUAUACAGACCAACUUGGCAACUUCUUGGCAAGGCUUUUGUUUUUGGAAGAAAAUCCAGAGUGGUGGAUCUGAACCUUCUAAAAGAGGAGGUAAGAUUAUACAGCUGCACACCUCGUAACUUCUCGGUGUCCAUAAGGGAAGAACUAAAGAGAACCGAUACCAUUUUCUGGCCAGGUUGCCUCCUGGUUAAGCGCUGCGGUGGAAACUGUGCCUGCUGUCUCCACAGUUGCAACGAGUGUCAAUGUGUCCCAAGCAAAGUCACUAAAAAAUACCAUGAGGUCCUUCAGCUGAGACCAAAGAAUGGUGUCCGGGGAUUGCAUAAAUCUCUCACUGACGUGGCCCUGGAGCACCAUGAAGAGUGUGACUGUGUAUGCAGAGGGAACACGGGAGGAUAACCCCUUCCCCACGUGCAGCCCUCUCCCUGAGCGGCCCAGCUCAGUGGCUGAUUCUGUUAGAGAAUUUAUGCAUUAUCUCCAUCCGUAAUCUCAGUUGUUUGCUUCAGGGACCUUUCGUCUUCAGGAUUUACAGUGUGUUCUAAAAGAGGAGACACAAAACGGAAUUAGAACUUGUGCGACAGCUCUUUUGAGAGGAGGCCCAAAUGACAGGAGAAAAGGUCUUUGGUCAUGGACAAAAGAAAUAAUUAAACAUUGUAGAUCACUAGCUAUUCCCAGAGUAUCAACACGUACUUACUCAGCUAGCUGUCUUCUGUAUUUCAGUUGUCUUUAUAUGGUUUAGGUUGAUGUCAGUGCGGGGAAAAACUGUGCAAAUGAGCACCUGAUUCUGUUGCCUUGCAUAACUCUAAAGCUCCAUGUUCUGGGCCUAAAAAAAAUCACAGAAAUCUGGAAUUUUUUUCUUACAUUCACAUAUAUAAACCAGAGUGUUCUAUGUUCUACAAACUUGGCUUUUAAAAAGGAACUAUGUUGCAAUGGAUUAAGUUUGUGUCAUGAUGAUAGGAAAGACUGGAUUUUCCAUAUUUCUUACUAAAAUUUCUACCGGUGGAAAGAAGAGAACUUACAUUUACGGUUUGGAAGAGACCAACCGGAAAGGACGAGUGGCCUUAUCUUCACUUUAAGUUGGUUUAUUUGUUUUAUUGUGUACAUUUUUAUAUUCUCCUUUUGACAUUAUAUCUGUUUGCUUUUCUAAUCUUGUUAAAUAUAUCUAUUUUUACCAAAGGUAUUUAAUAUUCUUUUUUAUGACAACCUAGAUCAACUAUUUUUAGCUUGUUAAAUUUUUCUAAACAGAAUUGUUAUAGCCAGAGGAACAAAGAUGAUAUAAAAUAUUGUUGCUCUGACAAAAAAAGAGAAAAAUACAUUUCAUGUAUUUCAUUCUUGUAUGGUGCUGGAACUUAAAUUACUCUGCAUUUUAAAAUACUGAAGUGGGAAAUCAAAAGAAUUUGGUAUGUUGCGAAGACUUUUUAAAAGUAAAUGAUCACAUCUUCCACCUCACUAUUGGAGAUGCAAAUAGAAAGCAACACGUUUAAAGUAAUCAUUCAGAUACGGUCAUUACUAACCCCUAAUCUUUCUUUUGGGAAAUGUGAGCCUAGCUCAGAAGAAUAUAAAGCACCUUGAAAAAAAGAGACUUGACAGCUUCCUGACAAAGCUUGCUCUGCUGUCCUGUAGGAACACAUCCUAUUUAUUGUGAUGCUCUGGUUUUAUUCUCUUUAAACUCUGUUCCAUACACUUGUAUAAAUACAUGGGUAUUUUUAUGUACAGAAGUAUAUCCUUUAACCAAUUCACUUAUCAUACUCUUCGGCAAUUGGAAAGAAAAUCAGUAAAAUACUUUGCUUGUAAAAUGCUUAAUAUUGUGCCUAGGUUAUGUGGUGAUGAUUUGAAUUAAAAAUGUUUUGAAUCACCAAUAAAAGAAUGAGGCUAUUUUGGGAAGAAA